AUGAACUCAACUGCCAAAGAUCCAUAUUCCACUUUCAAGCAGGCACGAGAAGGGAGCAACCAAGAAAUUUCACCAUUGUCCUACUCUGGAGCUGAAAAGUGUUCAGGGCUUGAUCAAAUCAAACAACGGGCAGAAUUCACUCCAGAAGAUGGUAGGAUCAGGAAUGCCAUAUAUGGUGCGAGACAACGGGAGCAAAAACGGAAGAAUUUGAACGAAAAGGGAACACCUUCUCUCUUGAGAUUCUUUCAAAGUGACAAACCUGUAGAAUCUUCAUCCUCAGGCUCCAAGUCAAAUUCUGAACUAAUUGAAGAGGAGCUACCUCUAGAAAGGCUGCUCAAAAAGGAUGGAAAUGACAUGGGCACAUCUGAUUCAGGUCGAGAUGAACCGACAGGUGCGUGGGGUUACAACAUUGAUGAGAUUGACCCCACUGUGGUUAAUGAGUUACCGCCAGAAAUCCAAGAAGAAGUGCGGACUUGGCUAAGGCCUCACAAGCGGGCUGAUUUAGUGAAACGUGGAUCUAAUAUCACCCAUUAUUUCUACCCGCAAAGAAUACAUAAAGAAAAUCCAAAUUCUUGA